AUGCAGAGCACAUCUAAUUUUGAUUUCAUGAAUAUAUUUCCACAGUGUCGUUAUGAUUAUAAUGGGGCUCUUUACCGUAGAAUGAGGAGACAAUGGCUUGCACCUUGUUCAGCGGUGUGCAGUGAUUAUACGAAUGAAUUACAAUUUAAUAAUUCAACGGCCUUUCAUAAUAAAUGUCAUCAACUUUGUUUAUAUUUAUUGGAUAUAUAUGCAACAAAAUCAGACUUAACACAACGUCUAGAAGCAAGUUGUAAAUAUUUCUAUUACAAACUAAAAGAACUAAGGAAAAAUUUUGGGGGGAAAUGCACAACAACAAUAAACUGUUAUGAACAAAUGAGAAAAAAAUAUACACCAAGUAGAAUGGAUGUACCUGGUGUAUGUGUAAAAUACCUGGAGAAUAUUAAUAAUAAUGAUGAAAGUAUAUUUACACAAUUUGAAUAUUUACAGAAACUAUAUGAUAUAGAAAACGAAUUUAAUAAAUCAAAGGAAGAGCUAGAUAAAGUUAAUGUUAAGUACGAAAAAUAUCUUCAGAUAAAAUCUGAAUGUCUUCCUUCACCAGAACAGUCAUAUUCUUCUUCAGAAGCAGGUUCAGGUACAGUUACUGGUAUGUGUGUUUCAACCACAGCAAUUUUAAUAAUUAUUUUCAUUUUUUUUAAGGUUAAAAAUAAUUUUAAUUUAUUAAAUAUAUAUUGA